AAUUUUAAAGCCCGCCGGGAUUUCCUUGGAUUUUGAAGUGCACGUAGGAGGGAAUGGCGUCGCCGUCGUGGAUGCAAUCGCUGUUGAACCCCUCGAAGAAUUGGUUCGCCGCACAGCACAUGAAAGCUAUCUCCAACCGCCUCCGAAAAUACGGUUUGAGAUACGAUGAUUUGUUUGAUCCGAAGGAGCAUUUGGACAUCAAGGAGGCUUUGGAACGGCUACCUCAAGAAGUUAUCGAUGCUCGGAACCAGCGUCUCAAACGUGCUAUGGAUCUUUCAAUGAAGCAUGAGUACCUCCCUGAUGAUCUUCAGAAAAUGCAGACACCAUUUAGAAGUUAUCUGCAUGAAAUGGUGGCUCUCGUAGAGAAAGAGAGAGCAGAACGGAAAGCUUUUGGAGCAUUGCCUCUUUACCAAAGGACAUUCCCAUGAUGUGCCAUAUCUGGGAGCAAAUGAUUUUGAUGAUUAAUAAUUGACAUUCUUCUUUUUCUGCCGCUCAGAUGAUUAGAAAUCAUCUAUUGUUUUCUUGCUGUUGCUUUAGGCAACACUAAAAGGUCUGCUGGCUGUUUGUUGCAAAUAAUGUUUCUAUGCAAUUGUAGUUUUAGAGAUAAGAGGAUUGUUAGAAAGUUCUUUUUGUGUCCAUUGCACUUCUAAAACUAGCCAUCUUUCUUCUGUCUUUGGUUUCAGCUGAGAUGUUUUGAAAUUCAGCAUUGGCAUUUUAGUUAUAUUAGCAGCAUCUAGAUUAUACUCCCUUUAUAGGAUCUCAAAUUUGGCAUUUGAUUUAUAAAGUAAAGGUUUAUUGAUGAAAACAUUUUAAAUAUUUGUGAUAGUUACAUUUUUUUUUGAGUGCUGAUAGUUACCUUUAAAUUUUAAAAAUUUGACAGUUUCAUACCAAAAUUAAUUUUUUCUAAUUUUAACUUUAUAUGAUUUUACUUUUUGGCUCUUAAAAAAUGUACUUUAUCACACUCAUUACAUCUUAGGUUUGUAAUUAGAAUGCCCUUGGACGAAUUAGUAGGAUUGGGCUAGAUGUGUUUCUCGAAAUUGCAGGUAGGAUGUUGCAACCAUCAAUGAAUGAAAAGAAGGGGAAGAAUGAAAAGAUGGAGUAGGAAGAGAGAGAGGUUAGACGAGUUAGGAGUUGUUAGCGUUAAUUUCUUUGACAGCUUUAUUAGUUUAGUGCAUGUAACUAACUUUCAUUCCUUUUGAUAUAUAAAUAGGAUUGUAUGUAGACAGAAACUUAUAAUACAAUUUCUUGGCUUU